UUCGGCCACUCUUUAACUUUCCAUGAUACGUGCCAAAGCCGCCCCGCUGUCGACGACUCGCGCUACGCGAACGACGACGCCGCCAACCAACAAUCAAGCAUCGGUGGUUAUGGAGAAGAAGAAGAAGCCUCUGUCUGCGCCAAGAGAUGGCAGCCGAGCCAGGCAGAGCAAUUCGAGGUCAGAUAAAGAUGCCCCGCCCACCGUCGCUGUCGCGACCUCCAAGAAAAACGUUGCCGACCCCCCUACCGCUGGUUUGACCAGAGCCAAACCGUCCCCACCCAACAAUAACCAGCUGGAAAAAACCACAGCCCCUCCUGUGGUCAAGAUGCACGGCCUUCCAUCCGCAUCGCUGAACAAGCAUAAACAAGCGGACCCGUGGAGUACCAAGAAGAAGUCGAAAACCAACUUUGGCGCGUCGUAUCAAGCGGGCAACAUUCCUUGCCGGAUCAACCACGGAGGCAUUAAGAACAGCCUGCAGUGGAAUACGCCGCCAGAAGAGCUCGACUACAACCCCCUCCUCGUCACGUGUUGCGAGGGGUUCCUCGAAACCGAUCACCCGUUUGUGUUUCUCGCGCGCCAGGGAUUCCAAGACUUGAUGGGGGCUAACGGCGCCGACGACAAAGUUCGGCCCCUCCUGGGCCUACUCAUUCCUCCAAUUCGAGGGGCCCUCAUGGCCACGGACGACGACGUCAUCACGGUGGCGCUCCAUGCGAUUCAAUUGGUGUCGGAAGCUGUGGGGGGCGACAUGAAUGUCCACUUGGCCAAGUUGAUACAACAAGUCCAUCGCAAGUACACCAACAAAGCGUUGAAGGGCCCGAUUGACCAGACUCUGGCAGCGCUCGAGAGAAACGGAGGCUCGGAAGCCCUCCGAAUCAUUCGCUCCAAAAUUCCAACGUAUGUGUCGUUGGCUUAGAGUGUCGAGAGCAGCUUUCAGACGCAACGUCGACAACUAUUCGCUUUCAAAUGUUGUCCAUGCAUUCAGCUUCCCUUAAACUAGCAGGAGGAACAGCGGUAACAUGACUGCCAGUAUCGUGAGGAACGAUGCGAGUUGAACGAAAGUGCCACCGCUGGU